UAUUCGUGGGAAGUUGGACAAUAGAAAACACAAGCAGCGCAUACGGUCACGGCGUGAUAGCGUGAAUUGAAGCUGCUCAAUCGAAACCGAAACUGAGCGGUCAACUAGUUCCCAGAGUUCACUGCGUGGCACUCUCGUGCUAAGGAGACUCAAUAGAAGACAAUCCAAUCCAAGUUGCUAGAAGAUAGCUACUCGGCGACUCAGCGACUCAGCUGACUUGAUCCGAUACACCGGUGCGCCUUUGCUGGAAGUGGAAGGUGGCGAUGCUGUGGCACGUCCGGUCCCCAAGAGCGGCCCUCCUGCUGGCGGGCUGUGCCCUGCUGGCCCUGGGGUUCUUCUACCGGAGCAGCCUGUCCCCGUGGGACGCGCGCGACGCGUCGCACGUGAGCCUGCGGCGGCUGCUCCUGGCUGCCGUCUCGGCUGCCGAGAGCGGCGGCGCCCAGGUGCGCCUGGUGAGGCUCAGCAACGCCCUCGACCAGAAGUCCAAAGGAAAGACCCAGGAAGGCGCCAACGACCCCCUGACCGCCGGGGACCUCCGCUCCCACAGGGCCAUCUACUACGGGCUCCGGAGGGCCUUCCCGGGAGUCGCAAUCAUCUCUGAGGAGCACGAUGCGGCCGGGGACCCGGAAUCCCCUGACAUGGUGCAGUCCGCUUCCCUCCGCGGGGUCACGCUGGACGACGUGGCCGUGCCCCGCAGCAGGGUGGCCGUCUGGAUCGACCCUCUCGACGCGACGCAGGAAUACACCGAGAACCUGCUGGACUAUGUGACCACCAUGGUGUGUGUCGCAGUCGACGGCUCUCCGGUCAUUGGGGUCAUCCACCAGCCUUUCCACAACCGAACUGUGUGGGCCUGGGUGGGCCACGGGACGUCCCCGGGCCUGGUGGUGGCCCCCGACGCGCACCGGGACCCCCCUGUGGUGUUGGUGUCACGCUCGCACGCCGGAGAAGUGCAGGACCUGGCCAGGAACGCCUUCGGCCCCAACGUCAAGCUGGUGCCUGCAGGAGGGGCAGGCUACAAGGUGCUGGAGGUGGUGUCCGGCCGUGCGGACGCGUACCUGCACAGCAGCCUCAUCAAGAAGUGGGACGUGUGCGCGGGGGACGCCCUCCUGAGGGCGUUGGGGGGCCGCCUGAGCGCCCUGGAUGGCAGCGACCUGCAAUACGGUCCCCAGGACGACCCCAAGGCCAAGGGGGGACUGCUGGCCACACUGCACGGGCACGCCGCGCAUCUUGGCGCACUGCGUCGCCAGCGAGACGCCUAGCGGUCAAUUCCGGCUUGCCGGGUGACCUUGGCCCGCCCUUCUGCCCAGUGAUGCAAAUCGUGCGUGACGCGAGUCGUGACCCGUCGGCCACCAGCGCGGACGCUACUUGUGUUCGACGUCGGCACUCUGCGCAACGUUGGAAAAUCCUGGGCCAACCUUUGGAACUGCAAGCAGAAAGUCUGCAACCAUUAUAGUCGACGGCGGGAUGUCUCUAUCGAAUACCCAGCCUGCAGCACACACUUUUCUCCUUUCGUGCUUCAUCUGUGCGGGCACACUGGAGGCUUUCGAGACGCCAAAGCCUUCUCGAACGUACGAAGCUCGUGCUGGAGUUGGGACAACUGAGGACCCCUCUGCCAUUCUUGCCGGCGACUACAGCCAGCGCCGUUCCAAAAGGUUUGCCGGUUGUGCCAGGGGGCAUGCUCGAAACUCUUUUCACCGUUCGGCAAACCGCAAGGUGCAGGCCACAUUUUGUCCGGACGUUCGUUUAACACUUGCGUGGUGGUUCUUUCGGGUUGCCUCUUGCAGGACCCAGAGGCUCUGCGAGCAUUUUCUGACUGGCGAGUGCGACUCCAUGUUGCUUCCUAGUCCCAUUUUUAGUUUCAGAUGUAUGAAAACCAAAAAACGACGACGAAUACCUACCAAAGAUCGCCGCAUAUGCGUGUCGAGCGUUCCCCUCGCGAUAACGGAGGAGGAUGUCCCGAAGACCCGAUUUGGUAUUUUGCAUUUUAUAGAUUACGUGCUCGGGUUGCGUGUGUUGAAAACCCCACGCGCUCCGAGAGUAUUCCAUAAUUUGUCGAAGCUUAUUGGGCUCUGUGGAGGAACGGUGCUAUGCGUCGCCAACUGGUAUGUUUGCCCAGACUCCAUUUGUGGUUCAUCGAUUCCCACCUCGCGUCGCCGCAGGCACGCCUAGUCGCCGGUCACGAUCGUAGUGGGGGCGGAGCAACAGAAGUAAAUAUGGUAGACACUCGUUCCGCAGGUCACUCCGCAGCCGACCGGUCGACGGUGGCAACAGUUCUGUCUCAUCGCCUUCUUUGCGAGCACUUCUAAAACGCCAGGAUCCCAGCAAGCGACCGAGUAGCCUGCUUCCGAUUACUGCGACACUAUGUACUCCGGGACUGCUUUGAAUGCGUGGGCGGCAGGAAUGCCCAAAGUUGAAGACGAGUUACAAACACCACACCCUUCAGCCUCGACCGAGCUACUACUCUUGGGUCCUCAAAUAGUUUUUCGCUCGGCCCCGAUUAUUUAGCCUCUGGACAAGGAGCUAGAAUCUGUGCCUGCAGUAUUACAAUUUUUGGGGGUUCUGGUAUUUAGGUGUUAAAUUUUUCACCGAAAAUUCGGUGUUGUUUGAGUAUGUUUACUCAUCAAAUGAAGUGACGCACAAAAACCAUUCCAAAUAAACUAUAAAAUGAUUUUCUCCUUUUUA